CUGUCCUCGCUAUAUCACUACUCGGCAGAUUUACGCCGGCAUGCACGAACUACCUUCUGCAGAGAACCGCCUAGCGUGCCGGAACACAUUAUUGGUCAACGCAAACGCAGCAUCAUCAAGGCUCCCAGACCAGUCUAAAAGUGUGAAAAAGCCAGGCAUCCCCAAUAGAAUUGAUCUUUCACCACAGAGCACAAAGAAUCCCACCCGGUCAUUCCAGCUCACCCGGAGACCCACCCGCUCCACAAACCUCGUGUGGCACAUAGUCUACAGUCUAGCUGGCCGUGAGGGACUUUUAAGAUCCACUCAAGCUAGGCAAAGGGAAUAGGGUAUUUACGUCAAUCGGAC